AAGACAAAAACGUGUCAAUCCAAAAAAAACACCAAAACAAUAACAAUAAAGACAAAUAAAAUACUCACAAGCACCAUGAAGCGACCGUCCUUCCAUGUGGCAAACCAUUUCUAUAGCUUUUCAACAGUGUAGUUAACAAAUCGUGCGGGAUUAGCCCGUCUGUAUAUUAUACCCACUUUGUUUGAAGUACUCAGUAAAGUAGAGCCAAAUCUUUUUCCUUAAAGAAAAUGAAUUAGAAGACUGGUCAAAUUCGGUUUUGAUUCUAGUUGGUUUUUAUCUGUCGAAUAAAAUACUUUCGUUACUUUUAGGAAUGCUUAAAUUAAGGCAAGAGUUUUUAACUGAAAGUAGAUAGAUGUUAAUAUAUGCAGGUUCAAAGGCUCUUUAAAAAAAAUAAUUAAAAUUAUCGAGCAGUUUUCAAGCAGACAUUUAUGGAUGGAUCAGUUAAGUUACUUGAAAUGUUAUUUGACCCUCGAUUGAAACGCCCCAUCGAAAAUGUUAAUUGGGUUCUGGCUGCGCUGUCAAAAAAUGGGUCGACGUUUACACUCUCGUUCAGAACUUCAAAUGCCCAUCACCAUCACUUGCAUUUUCGGGUGCGUGUGAACAGAGAGCGAAAGUUUGCUGCUCCGCCAGAAAACAGCAUUUUUGUGAAAAUUAAGAUCAGUUUGCGUACCAAUUUGUAUUUACCAUCGACGGUUAAUUGCACCUGCGGCAAUUGUUGUAAAAGUUGUGUGGAAAUCGUCCCUACGUAGCGUUUCUAAUCACAUCAUUACAGCACCUACCUCCGAAGUUACGACGGCUCCCCGCAUCAAGAACAAAAUGGUGGACAAAAUUGAGAUGAGCCUCGAUGAAAUCAUCAAGUCACAGAAAUCGACCCGUCCGCGCGGCGGCGGUGGCCGUUCCGGUGGAGCGGGCCGCUCGAACCGUCGACCGGGAGCGGGUAGCGGCGGUGCCAGCGGUGGUGGCGCCCGAAACGGAUUCCGCUCGGGCGGUCAGCGGAACGGCGGAGCGAGCGGCGGCGGUGGCGUACUGAAGGGACGCACCCGUGGUGGCAUCACCCGGGCACGCUACGGGCGGGGCGACGUGAACAGCGCAUGGAAGCACGACAUGUACGAGGGGCCGCGCAAGAACCGGCUGCUGGCGGCGGCCGGUGGACUCGGUGCCGGCGGACCGGGCGGUGCGGCGAAGCUGCUGGUAUCGAACCUGGACUUUGGCGUGUCGGAGACGGACAUCAACGAGCUGUUUGCUGAAUUUGGGCCGCUGAGAAGCGCCUCGGUACAUUACGACCGUUCGGGCCGUUCGCUUGGAACGGCCGACGUUGUGUUUGAAAGACGUUCCGAUGCGAUCAAGGCGAUGAAGCAGUACAACGGUGUACCACUGGACGGGCGCCCGAUGAGCAUUCAGAUGGCGACCUCGGAAAUUCCUGCCCCACGUGUUCCCCGUCCAGCAGUGCUGGCUGCAUCGUCGUCCGCACGUUCCCCGCGCAAACCGGCCGGUGGCCGCGGAGCAGGUGGUAAAUCCCAAGGCCGUGGUGGUCGCGGCGGAGGUGGUGGCGGCAGACGACAGCCCCGUGAAACGAAAACGGCCGAAGAGCUGGAUGCCGAGCUGGAUGCGUACACCAAAGACAUGAAGUAGGGCGCAAACGCGAACGAUGCGUCCUUCACUGAUAUUCGGUUGUCUCGCAUAAACACACAAGAACAGUAUUCCGUGGCGAAGCGGAAUAGGUAGAGGAGGAGAAGGAGAAGUAGAAGAACGUUUUUUACCUGACAAACGACCUAUGCGUGUGUGUGGUACGCGACGGGCGCGUACUGCUACCGUUUGUCUUGGGACACAUGUUUUUAUUGACAUGAUUCUAACACCUCAAAACGUCUUGUGCGAGACCUGUGUAUAUAGAACAUAGAGAAGAAAAACAAACUACUAUUAAUUGCUUACUACCUACAAACACAGAACGUUCGUUCGUUUUGCUGGGCGAUUGGUCGAUAAUUAACAAUUGGAGGUUGUGAGGACAAGAUCGGUGCUUUCACCACGGUUCUCACUUGCGCCACUGUUGAGCUCUGCCAGCCCCUGUAGUUAUUUGGAAAGGAAAAGGAAGAUACAGCGAUCAAGCGUUGGAUUGAGUUUUGAUUACUAUGCACGUAAAGUACAGAAAAACCAGGAAACCAGGAAUACAGUGCAGCGUCGUUGUACAUAAGAUUGCCAAAAAAAACAGGGGAGCAGUGCGUCAACAAGAAAUCGACAAGAAAGAAAAGUGCACAAUCGUUACAGUACAGCGUCAGCG